CUCCUGCCACACGCAGGUGCAGGGCCCACAAUGCUGCCCCCUGGGCCUCUGCUGUGCAGGGCAGCGCCUGCCUGCCUGCUCCUGGGCCCUGGCUGCGCCCGAUGGCUCAGCCUGUCGUGCCCAAGGCAGGUGGUCAUGCCAGCCUGGGUGAUCAACCGCUAUGGACAGAACAAUGUGCUGCAGUUGGCCAAUAACAUACUGCUUCCCUUCAUCCGCCUCCCCAGCGAAGUCGUCAUUCGUGUCCACGCCGCCAGCCUCAAUCCUAUCGAUGUUAACAUGAGAAGUGGUUAUGGAGCAGCUGCUUUAAAUAUAAGACGGGAUCCUUUGAAAAUCAAAACCACGGGAGAUGAGUUCCCACUAAUACUUGGUCGUGAUGUCUCUGGUGUAGUUAUGGAAUGUGGACUCAGUGUGUCCUAUUUCAAACCUGGUGAUGAGGUAUGGGCAGCAAUUCCUCCAUGGAAACAAGGCACUUUAUCAGAGUUCGUUGUAGCUAGUGGAAAUGAGGUGUCUCUCAAACCUAAGAGUCUCAGUCACACAGAAGCUGCUGCCUUGCCAUAUGUUGGCCUUACAGCAUGGUCUGCAAUGAACCAAACUGGGGGACUGAACCAGAACAACUGUGCUGGGAAACGAAUAUUAAUCUUAGGAGCAUCUGGAGGAGUUGGUACCUUUGCUAUACAGUUAAUGAAGGCCUGGGGUGCUCAUGUAACAGCAGUUUGUUCUCGGGAUGCCAAAUCACUAGUGACGAAGCUUGGAGCGGAUGAUGUAAUUGAUUACAAGUCUGGAGACACAGAAGAGCAACUGAAACUUCUUCCCUUGUUUGAUUUCAUCCUAGAUAAUGUUGGUGGAUCCACUGAGAAAUGGGCUCUAAAUUUCCUCAAGAGGUGGUCAGGAGCUACAUAUGUCACUUUAGUAACGCCCUUUCUACUGAAUAUGGAUAGACUUGGUGUAGCAGAUGGCAUGUUACAAACGGGAAUCACUAUGAGUACUAAAGCUGUGAAGCACCUCUGUAAAGGAGUUCAUUAUCGAUGGGCGUUUUUCACGCCAAGUGGCGUAUUUUUGGAUGAAAUAGCGGAACUGGUCAAUUCAGGAAAGAUCCAUCCUGUUAUUGAUGAAGUCUUCUCUUUUUCUGAAGUUCCAAAGGCUUUUCUGAAAGUGGAACAAGGCCACGCACGUGGAAAAAUAGUGAUCAAUGUAUUGAAUAAAAUAUAAUGUCCCUCGGA